UUGCUGCGCGAACAUUUGAUCUUCUUUGGUGGUCCAGAGUGCUGAAACUGGUAUUCACGAAGCCAAUACCAAAAAAAAAAUAAUAAUAAUAACGAGACCAACUGUAUUAAAGCUUUUAAAAUACUACAAAAAAAUUUACAACAAGGAAGAGGGAGCCAAAAAAAACUGAAUCGAAUAAAAAAGUAUUACGUUUUGAAGGCGUAUUUAUUUAUUUAGCGUUGAGAUAGGCGAGGUUGCGACGACCAGACCAGACCACCCACAGACUGAAUGUGGUGAAUUCUCGCCAGCUGCGACUGGGAAAGAGGAGUGAGAAAGAGAGAGACAGGCAGGAGAGAGGCGGCCGCCAUUGCAGCCAGCGAAACUGCCUGGCUUGAUUAAGAGCAGUUAAUUAAAAAACUUUGGAUUAAGAAAACUUUCUCUGGACUGGUCGCGAAACGUUCUACAAAUCGGGUAGGACGAGAGGGAUGAAAGGUCGAGACCGGCAGAGUGAAAAGAAGGUGUUGUAGGGGAAAUUAGUGGCUAGACGGAAAUACCUGCCAUAAGAUGAGGCCCGUCGUUUUUUUUAGGGGUGGCUUGCUCGUGUUAUAAAUAGCGACCUGAAUUGCAAAGCCAUCAAUUGGGGUAAUGGACCAGAUACUAUAACCUUGGGUUUGUCUGAAAAAAGUAAACUAGCGGUUGUCAAGUGACUCAUCCCAGUCACACAAGGAGCGAACCCUUCUGGCCAGACGCCCAGUGAGCUCAGAGUGGACACCUGCAGGGCUGGCCUUUGUCCUGCAGAGGUCGGUUGCUCGCUAACAUCCAUUCUCGAGGUCCUGGGUGUAAAGAGGAAGCUGGCUCGGUCGUGGGAUCGGAGGACGCCCGUUGAACCUUCAGCUCUCCUGAGCUGUGUGGGGAAUUACAGCGCGAUUCUCUAGCAUGUCUCCUCCUUUGCCUUGUGUCAGUCUUGCACAAUGACCGGCAGUGGCAAUGGGACUGCCCUGGGAAAUGUCACCUCAGCGGAGGACAGCGGCGUCAUCGUGGUCGAGACGAUCCUCAUCCUAGUCAUUGCUGUCCUCGUCUGCCUCGGCAACCUGGUGAUCGUGGUGACGCUGUACAAGAAGCCCUACCUACUCACACCUAGCAACAAGUUUGUCUUCAGCCUCACGCUCUCCAACCUGCUGCUGUCAGUGCUGGUUCUGCCCUUUGUCAUUGCCAGCUCCAUACGCCGUGAAUGGAUCUUCGGCGUGGUGUGGUGCAACUUCACCGCCCUGCUUUACCUGCUCGUCAGCUCGGCCAGCAUGCUUACUUUGGGAGCCAUUGCAAUUGACAGAUACUAUGCUGUGCUCUACCCUAUGGUCUACCCUAUGAAGAUCACUGGAAACCGAGCUGUGGUGGCUAUCCUCUACGUGUGGCUGCAUUCUCUCAUUGGCUGCCUGCCCCCGCUGUUCGGCUGGUCCACCUUCGAGUUCGAUCAGUUCAAGUGGACCUGCACAGCCGCCUGGCACCGGGAAGUGGGCUACACGGCCUUCUGGAUCACCUGGUGCAGCCUGCUGCCUUUCAUUGCCAUGCUGGUGUGCUACGGCUUCAUCUUCCGGGUGGCGCGGAUCAAAGCCCGCAAGAUCCACUGUGGGACGGUGGUGAUCACGCAGGAGGAGUCGUCGUUGCAGAAGAACGGCCGCAAGAACUCCAACACAUCUACCUCUUCUAACGGCAGCCGGAAAAGUGUUGUCUACUCAGCCAACCAGUGCAAGUCCUUCAUCACCAUCCUGGUGGUGAUAGGCGCCUUCGUGGUGACCUGGGGACCUUACAUGGCUGUGAUCAGCACUGAAGCCCUGUGGGGGAAGGGCAGUGUUUCCCCCAGCUUGGAGACUUUGGUGACCUGGCUCUCAUUCACCAGCGCAGUGUGCCACCCCCUCAUCUACGGACUGUGGAACAAGACUGUGCGCAAGGAGCUGCUGGGGAUGUGUUUCGGGGACCGCUAUUACAGGGAAUCUUUUGUUACUCGCCACAGGACCUCCCGGCUAUUCAGCAUCUCCAAUCGAAUCACAGACUUGGGCUUGUCUCCACACUUGACAGCAAUGCUGGCGGGAGGAGGACAGCUCAUAGGACACAGCAGCAGCACUGUGGACACAGGGUUCAGCUUCUCUCAGGACUCAGCCACAGAUGUCAUGUUGCUGGAUGAUUUCACUUCAGACGGUACACACCAUUCUCAUCACAGUGGCUGGUCACACAAGAGGCGGAGUUCUGUCACGUUUGAGGACCAGGUGGAACAACAUUCCAAAGAAAACUCAAAUUCUUCCACACUUGAAGUGACAGCAGAGAUCCAUAAAUCACUGGACAGCUAUGCCUCUUGUCUGGCUAAAGCCAUAGAGACAGAUGCCAAAUUAUUUCUGUUUGGGGAUGAAAAAAGCAGUUUGUUUUCUGUCCGGCCUGUGCCAACGAGCUUAGGCAGCACACAGCGAGGACCCAGGUACCUGAAUGGCCAGAGACUGAGGCUGGAGAGCAUCGAUGAAGGAAUAGUACAUGAUGGCAAUGAAGAGGAGGAAGACAUUGAAGAAAUUUGUGCUUAAUUCUCAUUUAGCAGUUUGAGACAGAUACACUGGUCUCUGGAAGCCACAUUUCCAAGAACCAAUAGCCUCAUCAUCAUUGCUGAACAUUGUAGCAGUUGAUUAUUUUUUUCGGGGGGGGGAAUCCACUACAAUCAUGAGACCAGAAUUUAUAGGAAAUAUUGCGUCACUGGACUCUUCAUGCAUUGGUUUUGUUCAUCUCGCUGUUUCUUAACCAGCACCAGUAAGACUGCAAGCCUAUUGAAAGCUUGAUUAUGUUCAUCUUUAUUUUCUGUGCACGUAGCAAACUUACUGUAGAAAGGACUAUAAAACAUUGUACAUCCAGAAUGUACCCGUGUGACCAUAAGCAUACUUUAUAUUCCUUUUGUGGAAAUAUUAUACGUGCAACUUCCUAAAUCAUUGUCAAUAUGUUUUUUUUGUUGUUGUUGUUUUUGUUUUUUUUAAAAGGAGAAUUACAUUUUUACACAAAUCCUAAAGGAGGGGUGUCACAAGCUUGUUUUGGGCCCCUAAAACUGCUGAAAUAUAGCAAGCUUACAUGGCUUGGAGUUUUGGCAUUAAGGGGCAGUAGAAGAUCUGUCUGGGAUGCAAUAUUUGACGACUCAUGAGUCAUAGAACCUUUACCUGAUUCCCAGUCCUCAUUGGCUACAUACAGUACAUGUGCUGUAGGACAGGGAAAGGAAAAGGGAAGUUGAUUUGACAGUGGAAUCCUAAGUAAUGCAAAAUUAGGAAUUCGACACAUGGGUCCUCAGCCAGUUGGUAACCAACUUGAUAUUGGGCACUUCUGGACUGUAAAGUAUACAUUUGGUUGCGCAGGGAGGAGUUUCUCAAGUUCAUCGUUCACCCCAGGACACAAGCAACUGUGAAGCUAGUGUACAUGGCUUUCAGGACAGUAGUAAAUCAUUUUACUAGUCAAUGUUAACUUUUCUUCAAGUCCAAAGUAUUUUAAAUGUCACACUGUUUUGCAUUCUAAAACGCAUUAAUGACACCACUUCUUUAUAGUACUGUUCUCCACAGGCACAGUAAUUUUAUUUCCACACGACUUGAGUGAUUUAUAUGUAAGGACAUAUAUAAUGGUACUAUGCAGUGGAAUAUAGGACCAAUUUUACAUGUAACUGCUUUAUUGGUACAACCUGUGAAAAGCAGUCAAAACUGGUUGUGGACUGCCAUUACUUGACUUCAAAUAUGCAGUAUCCAGCUUUUAAAAAGGCAGUCCAAAUGUGCAGCAAUAGACACUAUUGCAUUUGUUUAUCAGGAAUAUUUUUUUUUUACACAACUUGUUUUCUCACAGUAACCAUGAAAAUAUCCAUGUUAAAAAAAAAAAAAAAAUCAAUGUGUUGCUGUACAUACAAAAUAAAAACCCACUGAAUUUCUUGCUUCAACAAAGAGAAGGAGAGGUUUCAAGAUCUCGGAGGUCUUUCAUUUGAAUAGUGAGGUAUGGAAAGCCUGUGAUUCAUUAUUGUUUAUUUAGUACAAUAAAUCUCACAUCUCCUCUUUUGUCUAUCAUCUCUGUACUGAUACAGCUACCAUUUCACCUAUCAACAUGCUUCUACAAGAAACUACAAAAAGUGAGUUUACAGUUCCUUGUGAAACACCAGUUAUUUGUUCAGUCACUGAAGCACCUAGUAACAUGUUCAGGGAUACCAUUUACACAGCAAAUAAUCAGUGAUGUGAGGGGCAGUGCAUUUGCACAAGUGUGUGUGACAUUUUGCUGACGUUUCCGCUUUUGAAACUGAAAUGGUUUUCAAAGCAUCCAGUUUCAAACAUGCAGUUUCAUAUGCAUGGAAACAAAACUGGACAAUCUUAAUGUUGCAGACUCCCCAAGGCAUGAAGAAAUGUAUACAACAUAGGCUUUCAACAAUGUACUGGCCAGUUUUGAUUAAAUAUCACCAAAGGAAGUCCAAUUGCUGGGGCAGGAACCUCUUAGGGAAGCAGGCCUGUUUACAUGUUUUUUUUUUUCAGGAAACAAAACAGAAGUUAAACAGGGCUGCUCCCCGUAAACAUUAAAAGUGGAUACUGCAUUGUAAAAAAAAAAAUUAAAAAAUGGAUAAACUAGAGCUGCAAUUAGUUAGUGUGUUUUUUGUAUUAAUUUUGUAUCAAUAUAUGGUAUUAGUAUGUUAAAUACAUGUAUUAGACCACUGUUCUCCAUUGUAGAAACAAUAUCAUUUUUAAUUAUUUUGUAUUUACAAAAAUAAAUUACUGUUAACUAGUG